GUACGCCGUAAACGCAAGGACCUUCCCACGAGGGGUGUUUUGACGUUUCUCUUUGGUCGACCGCCGCAUGCGGUACUCAGGGAUUAAGCAACAACCAGCCACGCUUGCAUAUGGGACAUACUACUGCAUAGACCGUCCCCCGUUGUUCGCAUGCUAUCAUCUACCUCCGUUAUGAUUGGCUAGACAUUCUUGUCCUACUCAUCACGGACCUCUGUGUACCAACUUCCCCUUAUCAACAAUUACGUCGCUUGAGAACCUAAAGGGAUGGCAGACCCAAUCUAGAUGAUCGAGAUUGCCUUGGACCCAAGGAACCGAACUGGAGGGAUUGAAUCGCCUAUCAGGACCUAUCAUGACCUAUCAGAACAGCUAUAUUUAGGCCUAUACUCACUGAAGGAGCCACGGACAACCCCGACUAUCCAACACCAACCGGAAAGAAACGUUCAGGCCAGGCCACCGUCGAUCAUUCUAGCCCGCUUUCAAACGCGGGGUGUUCAUAGAGAGGCAAAACCCAGCGCUGCGUCCGUCUUCCCGGCUUUGCCCCGGGUCUCCUUCCCGUAUGUCUUCGCUUCCUCUCGUUUUCAUGCGUAUUGUGCGCUUCCCCAGGACUCUCUCGAACGCGAGUCUGCCGUAACCGAAGCAAUAUACCUGUUCUGCGAAAGCGCCGAUGGAAUCUGUAACGAGGCAUUUUCACUGACGUGUCUAAAAGCCCCCGGUGCCCGUGCACCCGCAUGGCCCUGGUACGCCUAUCGGGCCCUUUCGUAG